AUGUCUACUGAAGAGAAACCUCUACCUUUCAUUUACCAAUUCAUGGCAGGUGCCAUGGCCGGUAUUUCGGAGGUCCUUAUCAUGUAUCCUCUUGAUGUUGUGAAGACGAGAAUGCAAUUACAAGUGGGUAUAGGUGCUCAGGCAGAGUAUAAAGGUGUCAUCGACUGCUUUUCCAAGAUGAUCAAACGUGAAGGCUUCGGUAGUUUGUAUAGAGGUAUUGUACCUCCUAUUUUGAUGGAAGCCCCUAAAAGAGCCACUAAGUUUGCUGCAAAUGACGAAUGGGGUAAGUUCUAUCGGAAACAGUUUGGUACAGAGAAGAUGACCCAGUCGUUGUCAAUCUUGACAGGUGCAACGGCCGGUGCUACUGAGUCACUCGUUGUGGUUCCUUUCGAACUUAUUAAAAUUAGAUUGCAGGAUAAGAAUUCGAAGUAUAAGAAUGCUAGGGAUGUUCUCAAAAAUACUAUCAAGGGUGAAGGUAUUGUGUCUCUAUACAAUGGAUUAGAAGCCACUAUGUGGAGACAAUCUAUUUGGAAUGCUGGCUACUUUGGUGUGAUCUUCCAGGUGAAGUCUUUGCUUCCAAAGCCUACAAACCAAUCAGAGAAGACUCGAAAUGAUUUGAUUAGUGGAUUUGUUGGUGGAACCGUCGGUACUAUGCUUAACACUCCUUUCGAUGUCAUUAAGUCUAGAAUUCAAAGUACUCCAAGGAUCCCUGGUACCCCUCCCAAGUACAAUUGGGCCUUACCAUCUUUAGUUAAAGUGUUUAGUGAGGGAAGUUUCAGAGCUAUGUACAAAGGUUUCGUUCCUAAAGUGCUUAGAUUAGGACCUGGAGGUGGUAUCAUGUUAGUCGUUUACAACACAACCAUGAAUUUCUUUAGAGGUAUAUACUACAAGAAGGAGAAGCCAGCUAGAAAGAACGAGAAUUAG